CCCUCCAAAGUACCAUUUUCCAUAAACCCUCACUCGCUCGCUCGCUCACUCCCCCACUUCACUAUCUCUUCCUCAACACUUCUUCUUCUUCUUCUUCCUCCUCAUUGCCUGAUGAAAAUGGUAGAAAAACCAGAGAAAUGGCAGGUUUUAACCCUAACAAUCUUCAUGUUCUUCAACAUUGCCCUCUCUGCAAAAACCCCAUUGACAAAAAAGACCUACAUUGUCCAGAUGGACAAGUCAGCCAAGCCAGAGUCUUUCUCCAACCACAUAGAUUGGUACUCAUCAAAAGUGCAAGCCGUACUCAUCAAACCAGAUAAUCAAGAAGACGGAGGCGAAGAUCAACAAAGGGUACUCUACACUUACCAGAACGCCUUCCACGGCGUCGCCGCCCGGCUAAGCGAGCAAGAAGCCGAGCGGCUAGAGGAGCAAGACGGAGUCUUAGCGAUUUUUCCAGAGACCAAGUACGAGCUCCACACCACAAGGAGUCCCCUGUUUCUUGGGCUCGAACCGCAUGUCAGAGCCAGCACCACCAAUGUCUGGUCACAACGAGUCACCGACCACGACGUCAUUGUCGGGGUGCUGGACACGGGUGUCUGGCCGGAGAGCCAGAGCUUCAACGACACUGGCAUGACCCCGGUGCCCGCCCACUGGAAGGGAGCGUGCGAAACCGGCCGCGGCUUCACCAAAAGCAACUGCAACAAAAAAAUUGUUGGAGCGAGAAUUUUUUACCACGGAUAUGAGGCAGCCACGGGGAAGAUCAACGAGCAGACGGAGUUUAAGUCGCCGAGAGAUCAGGACGGGCAUGGGACCCACACUGCCGCCACAGUUGCCGGGUCUCCGGUGCGCGGUGCUAAUCUUCUCGGGUAUGCUCGUGGAACGGCCAGAGGAAUGGCGCCGAGUGCGAGAAUUGCGGCGUACAAGGUUUGCUGGGUCGGCGGCUGCUUCAGCUCGGAUAUUCUGUCGGCGGUGGACAGAGCGGUGGCGGAUGGAGUCAAUGUGUUGUCUAUAUCUUUAGGAGGAGGUGUGUCUUCUUAUUACCGGGACAGUUUGUCCGUGGCGGCUUUUGGGGCGAUGGAGAUGGGAAUUUUCGUGUCCUGCUCCGCCGGAAAUGGAGGACCGGAUCCUGUUAGUCUGACGAAUGUGUCCCCCUGGAUAACCACGGUUGGAGCUAGCACCAUGGAUAGGGAUUUUCCAGCUACUGUGAAGCUCGGAAAUGGCAGGACUAUUACCGGGGUUUCGCUCUACAGGGGAAGGAUGAAGCUGUCAACAAACAAGCAAUACCCUGUUGUGUAUUUAGGAAGCAAUUCAACUAGUCCUAAUCCGAGCUCGCUGUGUUUGGAGGGGACGUUGGAUCGCAGAGUUGUGGCCGGAAAGAUUGUGAUUUGCGACCGUGGGAUUAGUCCUAGAGUGCAGAAGGGAGAGGUGGUGAAAGAAGCCGGAGGAGUUGGGAUGAUCUUGGCAAACACAGCUGCAAACGGAGAGGAGCUUGUGGCGGAUUGCCACCUUGUUCCGGCAGUUGCUGUGGGAGAGAACGAAGCAAAGGGAAUCAAGCAUUAUGCUUCAACAAGCCCGAGAGCCACCGCAACUCUAACGUUUCUUGGAACUAGAGUUGGGGUUAGACCGUCGCCCGUGGUGGCAGCGUUUUCAUCCAGAGGGCCUAAUCUGGUAAGCCUUGAGAUUCUCAAGCCGGAUAUGGUGGCACCAGGAGUGAACAUCCUCGCCGCUUGGACAGGCGCAUUAGGCCCGUCCAGCUUGCCAGCGGAUCGUAGAAGGGUGAAGUUCAAUAUACUGUCCGGGACUUCAAUGUCCUGCCCCCAUGUGAGCGGCAUUGCCGCUCUGCUCAAGGCAAGGCACCCGGAUUGGAGUCCGGCUGCAAUAAAGUCCGCCUUGAUGACAACCGCAUAUGUCCACGACAACACGCGAAAGCCUCUACAAGACUCCUCGGCAGCUUCAAUUUCAACCCCGUAUGAUCACGGUGCAGGGCACAUCAACCCGGGGAGGGCUCUUGACCCGGGUUUGAUUUACGACAUUGAGGCUCAGGACUAUCUUGAAUUCCUCUGCACACAAAGGCUAACACCAACACAGCUCAAAGUUUUUGCCAAGUACUCAAACAGAAGUUGCAAGAACAAUCUAGCCAGUCCCGGGGACUUGAACUAUCCGGCACUAUCGGUUGUGUUCCCGGACAGAACAAAUGUUUCUGUUUUGACACUCCACAGGACUGUCACUAAUGUUGGCCCUGCGGUUUCGAAUUACCACGCCAUUGUUUCACCGUUCAAAGGUGCUUAUGUGAAAGUCGAGCCUCGGACGCUGAAAUUCACCAAAGCCAAUCAGAAGCUGUCAUACAAAAUCAUCUUCACUACGAAAUCCCGGCAGGCGGUCCCGGAGUUCGGAGGGUUGGUGUGGAAGGAUGGAGUGCACAGGGUGAGAAGCCCCAUUGUUGUAGUGUGGCUGCCACCACUAUAAAUCCUGCACCGGAUUAAUUUCAAUGUGUGUUUUUAUUAGUGCUUUUGAAUAAACAAAUUUUCUGUAA